CCUCAGUUCGGUGCCCGCCUCUCUCAGAGCGUGCCCGCAGGGGCGCAGCUCGUCUACCUUCAGGGCGGAUAUCAGCAGCCCCAGUACUACUCUGCGGGCCAGCAGGUAGCCUACCUCCCCGGAGCUCCGUCACAGGCUUUCCUUUCCGGCGCUCCCUCUCAGGCUUUCUACUCCGCUCAGUAUGCUCAACCUCAGGCCAACCUGGUUGCCGUCAAGAAAGACUGUUAAGCCUGCCGUGUACAACGUGGCUGCUGGAGCUCCCCAGGGUGCGUACAGACCACCCGUAGUAUCCACCUUCAAGGUUCAACCUCCUCAAGCUGCCUUCUCUGGCUUCAAGGCUGCAGUUCCAGCUCCCGCCCCGGCCCUCAAGUUCCAAGCUGCUCCCGCCCCUGCCCCCGCCGUCAAGCUGAGCGCUGCCCCCAGCCAGUAUUCCCAAAUAUCUCCAGAACCAUACCACGUCAUCGUCAAACAGGUUGAAGAUAACAACUUUGACGGCUCCUUCACUUACAGCUACGAAACCGACCACGGUAUAGUUGUGGAGUCUUCUGGAUUUUUGAAGAAUGCCGGCACUGAAGACGAGGCCCAGGUGAUGCAGGGUAGCUACACCUACUACUCCCCCGAGGGUGUGCCAAUCACCACUACCUACAUCGCCGAUGAGAAUGGCUUCCAAGUCCAGGGUGAUCACCUCCCAGUGGCUCCUCCACUCCCAGAGGCUAUCGCCAAGUCCAUAGAGUACCAGCGCAGCCUGCCGCCCAGUCCAGAAGAAGAGCUUCCCUCCCGACAGUGAUCUGCCCACCCAGCCGCCCGCCUUCCUGACUCAAAUUGAGUCACGUCGAUAUAAACUUACCUUUUCUUUUUAUUGUCAAUAGUUUUCAUCUUCCUUUACAAUAAUAAUAAAGUGCAAUAUUUGCAAACUUAAA